AUGGUGCGGGGCAGAGCGCAGCGCCUGGCCCUGGGGCAGAGGUGGCCUCAGCAUCCGUGGCGGGGGGGGUCCCACUUGCCACUCCUGGAGCUGGGUGACAGGGUGAGGACAGGGGUGAUCACGUCAGGGGCCGGGGGCGAUGCCGCCUACCUGGAUGCAGCAGCGGUGGAACCAGGCGCUGGCGCAGUGGCACGUUUGGCACAGACACUGGAGGAUCAGGAUGGUCUUCGACCUCACCAACGACCCCACGCCCAGCCAUCUCCUUCGCUGCAGCCACUCACAGUGAUGGAGGUGAGGUCCCAGUGCCGCAACAGGGUGCAGCCCCGCCCUGCCCAGUGUCCCGCAGAGCUGCAGGAGGAGCAGGCAGGACCCUCCUGUGCGCCUCCCCCGCCUGUGAAGAAGCGUCAGGUCCCCGAGGAGGAAGCGUGCGGGCUGUGCCGGCGGGCACACUGUGACCCCGAGGUGGUUGGGCAACUGUGCUGUCAGGAUGGGCUCUGCGUCCAUGAGAACUGCCUGUACCACGCCAGCGGGCUGAGCCAGCGAGGGGCCGAUGAAGAAGGCUUCUACGGCUUCCUCCUCCCCGACAUCUGGCAGGAGCUGGAGCGGGUGGCACAGAAGAGGUGCUGCAUCUGCCGGCUGCGGGGUGCCUCGGUCACCUGCCAGCGCCGGCACUGCCCCCGGACCUUCCACUUCCCCUGCGGCAGCGAGCGGGGCUGCGUCUCCCAGUUCUUCGGGGAGUUCAAGUCCUUCUGCUGGAAGCACCGGCCGGUGCAGCGGGUGCGGGCGGUGCAGCAGGACCAGACCCCCUGCCUCAUCUGCCAGGAGGCGGUGGCGCGGCGGCCCUGCUACGACACCCUGGUCUGUCCCACCUGUGCCAGCGCCUGGUUCCACCGCUGCUGCAUCCAGGGCCAGGCGCUGCGCUCUGCCCUGCACCAUUUCCGCUGCCCGCUCUGCCAGGACGUGGACGCCUUCCAGGAGGAGAUGUUUCGCCUGGGCAUCAAAAUCCCCGACAGGGAUGCUGCCUGGGAGGAGGACGGGGCCUUUGCCAACCAUCACGUGCGGCACAGCUCCUGCGAUGCCAGCCAGUGCCUGUGCCCCGUGGGACGGGAGGAGGCGGAGGAGAAGGGGCCCUGGAGACUUCUGCUCUGCAGCUCCUGUGGCUCCCGCGGGACCCACCAGCUCUGCUCCGCCGUGGGGGAAGACGCUGACUCCUGGGAGUGCGGUGACUGCAGCGACACUGGCACCGUGCCCCCCAUUGUAGCCGUCGCAGACUCCAGCCCCCCAGCGCAGGGACCCUCGCACAGUGCCCCGGCUCCCGGCACUUUGGCUGAGGAAAAAGAGGCCGGGAUCCUCGAAGGACACCCCGACAGCCAACUGCCCUCUGAGCCCGUGUCCAACAAACGUGCCGAUCUUCCAUAA